AUGAUCAGACUGUCUGAAGAAGGAUUACGGGACAACCACUGCGGUACCAAUGAUCAAAUUUCUCUUAAAAAUCUGCAGUCUCAUGUUACAGAGAGGAAAUCUGACUUCACCGAGGAGACUCUGGCACUGCAGAGCACAAGAAUGAUUUCGUCCAUAGUCAUCUCGCAGCUGAUCGAUGAGAAUAAAUCAAAAGAAAGGGGGGCUGGGUUGCCCCUGCCCUGUGUGAUCGCUCAGCCUCGGGCAUAUCCCACGAACCAAUCCCUGGCUAAAUGCAGUGGAGUCAACAUCCACAGGGCGUUUGCCUUGCUGCCGGGCCCAUUAGGAAUCCCGACACUGUCACAUGCACGAGGACCUGAGAUGGAGCUGCCGCCCAAAGAGGAGAGCCCAUGCAGUGGGCCCCACAAAGGGUUCGCAUCCAUCACCAUCACUGCCAGGCGCGUGGGCCCCCCAGCCAGCGCCCUGGUGUGGGGGACUGUUGGGGACCCACUGUGUCCCAAGUGCAGGGCCAAGGAUGCUACACUCCGGGACACCCCAGCACUGGCUGGUAGUGCCCAUGCACGUCGGCACCAAAGAACUUUUGCCAGCACAGAGCUCUCCAGAAAUGCCUCGGUGGUAAGGCUGCAAAUUCCUGGGGCCCACGCACGGCUGUGUGAGGGACAGGAGUGCUGGCUCACCCACAUGGAGGACACGGAGGAUAAUUUUUCCCCAGACACCCCACCCUCGGGAAAGGGCCCGCUGCUGUUCACUUCCUGUGUCCACCUCAGGGUGUCUCGGCAGUGUCCAAAUUCAAUCUACUACUUAGACAAGUCUCUCUCUGUCCCCAUUGAACAACCUCAAAUUGCCAGCCCCCAAAUGCACAGAUCCGUCCUGUCCCUCAACCUCAACUGUCGUUCCCACAGACUAACAGCAGGUGGAGCCGGUGGUGUAGCCAACGGAGAACCAAUGAGCGGAGGCCUGAAGCAAGAGCUCACCCAGGGAAACCAGGACCGCCUGGGCCGGCGCUGGAACCCAGGUUUACCAGAAAGACAGUUGAAGGAAAACCUACCAUUGGGGCAGGUGCAUUUGGGGACCAGUAUGUGUCCUUGGAGUGGUUCUCCUCUGUUGGAAAACACAGAAUUCACAGAUGUGGGAACCAAGCAGGUCACUGUAAGCACAGGGAAAGAGGACCAGGCCACUCGUUGUCCUAGAGGCGGUCAUGCCAACCAGCUGUCCAUUCACAUCCCUGGCUGGAGUUACACGGCAGUAGAAACAAAAGUAUUUCCUGGAAGCAGCAAGAAGCAACAAGGAAAAGCCCGUGUGAUUGCUCCCCCGGUGGAACAGAAGCCCAUUAGACAUUUCCUUCCCGAUGGGGCUAGUUCUCCAGGUGAUGACUGUCGGUCUAGCGACCUUUCUGAGCCCACAGAAGGACGACAUCAGAGCCUCCUGAAACCCAGAAGCCCUUUGCCUGGGUUUCUUUGCCCCUUACAAGAUUUGUGCACAUCUCCACAGGAAGACAGUGGUGUUCAGAUAGAAAGAGAGGUCCCCAAAGGAGAUUGCACAUGCUGUGACUUGGUGGUUAACAUACAGGAAUGUAAGGACAGUGAGGGCCCUGCCACACCUGAGCCUUCUCCAGCGCCCCCCUCGCCAGCAGCCCCCAGGGGAUCAGAGACCCCUGACCUAUCGGAAGACGGUUCUAAGCCUCGGCAAACGCCUGCCAGCUCCUUGACCUUGCAGGAAGCACUGGAAGUCCGUAAGCCUCAGUUCAUUUCUCGCUCACAAGAACGGCUGAAAAAGCUAGAACUGAUGGUCCAGCAGAGAAAAGCACAGCAGAAGGAGAGCCUGGGGCAGAAGCAGAGCCUCCUUCCUGUCCGCACCAACAAGAAGCAGUUCACCGUCCCCCAUCCUCUUAGUGAUAACUUGUUCAAACCCAAAGAAAGGUACAUUUCAGAGAAGGAGAUGCAUAUGCGAUCUAAAAGAAUCUAUAAUAACUUGCCAGAAGUUAGAAAGAAAAGAGAAGAGCAAAAGAAAAGGGUGAUCUUACAGAGCAACAGACUCCGCGCUGAAGUCUUCAAAAAGCAAUUACUGGACCAGCUCCUUCAAAGGAACGCGGUCUAACCACAGGCUGCCCUGCUGACCACACCGCCCAGACCUGGACGACUUCAAGCGCUGGGCCAGCCAUUAAACUUAGCAUUAUCUUCAUGAAGUGAAAACGCUUGUAUUACUUACGAUUUUUCUUUUUCAUAAAGGAAACGAUCACAUCCUGAAUUAUUGACCCAAACCCAACAGAAAUAAUAACCCUCGAAGAAAUAGGUCAACAACCUGUUGCGGAGAAACCAAUACUCACCAGACUGAGUCCCCUUCAUCUCUUUACAUCCAAAUUUUACCUUCUGCUUCUGAUUCUCACCCCCCUCCCCGGCCAUUUCCACCCAAACAAAAAUGUCUUGUGCACUCAUGUGUGCUUAGAUCCCUGGGGGAUAUUUUUCCAUCAAAUUUCAAGGACCAAAAUCCAUCACUUUAUAAAUACCAAUCCCAAUGUCUGCCAGUUCUGCAAGCUCCAUGUGGGUCAUCACAUUGCUUUAAAACUUUCUGGAGCUGUGCACCAUGUAACAUCAGAGGCUGAUUUUGCAAAUAAGUGGGUGCUGU